AUGACCGAAUCGCUGGACGACGAUCUUGAAUCCGUUUGCAAGCAGCUAGAUUCGCUUUCUCUCAAGUAUCUGGAAAAAGUAGAAGAGUAUAGUCAGAGAUGGCAACAGAACGGUAGACAAUUUCAACAAGGCUUCCUCCAUUUGGCGCAUGCAAAGUAUACGAUGGGGCCUGGCAAGAUUUCACAGUGUUAUUAUGACGAGCGUAUGAAGGCUACCUCUCAAAUUCGUGUUGAGGAAGACACUGAACGCUUUACGUCCAUCAAAGUCGCCCCACAACAACAAGAAUCGACAUCCACCAGUACAAAAUCAUCAUCCAAGCAACAGCUACCACCACCACAACAACAGCCAACCGAUAGUCCCAUACGUCGUCGUCGAAGAGAGCCAAACAGCAAUGGCCAUUGGGUACAAGAUGAGAAUAAGAAGACCAAUGAAUUCGAGAUGCAACACCAAUCCAAAAAGUCGACGAUUCGUGAUCCCCUGCAUUGGUUUGGGUUACUUGUGUCACCUUCGUUAAGAGCAUCCCAAGAUCAUUUCAAGACUGUUACCCAGCAACUUGUGGAGCAAGCCAAUUGCAUUCAUGACUUGGAUUCCUUGGAAAAUGAAUAUCGACAAUUAGAGAAGCGGAAACAAAAGCUACUAGGCUUGAAGCAAUACAAUGAUUAG